AUGGCGCUUAUUUGCAUCGGCUCUGUUUGUUUUUCGCUUCUCCAUGUGGGCGUUAUAAUUUUAUUCAUCAUAAAUUAUUUCUAUGGGUAUUUGAAGAAGUACUUACCAAACUUCCUCACACGUGGCGAAGAAGAAAAGAACAAACAAAUUGAAGCGUCUUUACAGCGCAGGGAGAAGAACAAAGACUAUACCGAAAGCAGCUAUGUUGAGUUAGCUGAUGGAGACAGUUUGAGCGGCUUGUUGGAGUCUACCAAGAAUGUCUCCGUGGUCGUGAAGUUCGGAGCAACUUGGUGCAAGCCGUGUACCAAAAUCAAGCGAUACUUUAAGAAUCAGACCAUGAGCUACGCAGUGACGCUUAUCGACGUGGACGUGGACAUACAUGAGGCGCUUAGGGAUGAAUACAACAUUAAGGCUCUUCCUACCUUUUUAUUUUACGUGCAGAUAAAAAAUAAUUGGGUUAUGACUGAACGGAUUGAAGGAUCCAACGAAGAGGACAUAGAAAAAGCCUUCCAAAAAUACUGUGUCCUUAAGGAAAGUUAA